CGUCACUUUGAUUCUGGCUCCUCGUCUACAUUCGGCUUUUCACACGUCACUUUUUAGCUGCGCGUGUUUCUUUUACGUUAAAGCAACUGACAGAAACUGCGAACAAGUGUCAUAUCUUUUAAGGACAAGAUUCGAAACGUUUUAAGUAAUCCUUCAAGAAAAUGGCCGAGCCUGUCGCCGAAGAAGUGCAAGAAAGCGUGAAUGCAUCCGCUAAUACUACGGCUCGAGUGCCGAGUACACCGGAGGGAAUGGCUAUCGCAUAUGGAAGUUUAGUUAUUAUGGCACUCGUACCAAUUUUGAUUGGUGCUUUUCGUUCCGUUCGGCAUCACAAAGAACAAAAGGAAUCUGGGGAGAAACCUGACACAAUGACUCAGAAAGAUGCUGCCAUGUUUCCCAUAAUCGCUAGUUGUGCGUUAUUUGGACUUUAUAUUUUCUUCCAGAUCAUAUCAAAAGACUACAUAAACUAUCUCCUCACAGGCUACUUCUUCUUCCUGGGUAUUUUGGCCCUGACACACCUGUUGAGUCCUGUUGUGUCUAAAUUGAUCCCAGCCUCAGUCCCAAACAUUCCUUUUCACUUGCAGUUGGUCAAAGGCAAAGCACCUCAGGCUGAAGAUCUAUUAAACUAUGAAUUCACUUCACAUGAUCUAGUUUGCAUGGGACUUUGCUCAGGAAUUGGAGUUUGGUACCUUCUGAAAAAGCAUUGGAUUGCCAAUAAUUUGCUAGGAUUUGCCUUUGCCGUAAAUGGAAUUGAACUUCUACAUUUGAACAAUGUUGUUACUGGAUGCAUCCUUCUUGGAGGUCUUUUCUUCUAUGACAUCUUCUGGGUAUUUGGUACCAAUGUCAUGGUAACUGUUGCCAAAUCCUUUGAGGCUCCUAUUAAAUUGGUCUUCCCUCAAGACUUACUUGAGAAAGGAUUGGAUGCCAACAAUUUUGCCAUGCUUGGUCUGGGUGACAUUGUUAUUCCAGGAAUAUUUAUUGCCCUUCUGCUUCGUUUUGACAACAGUUUGAAGAGGAAAACCAACUUCUAUUUCAAUGCCACUUUCUUUGCUUACUUCAUGGGAUUGGUGGCCACAAUUCUAGUGAUGCACCUUUACCGUCAUGCCCAGCCUGCACUACUCUACCUUGUCCCUGCUUGUUUGGGAACACCUUUAUUCUUGGCAUUAGUUAGAGGAGACAUCAAGACCUUGUUCAAGUAUGAAGAUCAUCCGGCUGAAGCACUAGAGAACAAGGUUGAAGUUAAAAAGAAUGAGUGAGUCUUGUAUGAAAGAAAAGAUAACCCAUUAUCAUGAACGCACCAGAAUCUUUCUUACAAGCACUCAUUGGUUUAUAUAAUUAUGAUUUUUUUCAUGGUGUUUGUUUUGUGUGUUUAAUGUAGCCAAUUAACUUGAGCUACCUGACAAUAGGAAAACAAUUGUCUGUUGACUGUAUUCCACACUCUUAAUGUGUAUAACAACCAUCACUGUAUACCAACACGAUACAUAGAUAAAGAGAUUUUAUGCCAAUAGAGUUAUGUCCAUCUGGAAUACAUUGGUUGAUUGGUAUAA